UGAGAAGUUGGUGGGAUGACAGGGUACUUAUGGAGCGGAGGGCAGCAGCGGUCCACCUGAGGGAAGACUUUCUUUCUGGGACGUUAGCCUCCUGCACAUCCAGCCACUAUGCCGACUGACGCACAGAGCGACGCCCGCUCCUUCCUGACGGAGGAGAUGAUCGCAGAGUUCAAGGCUGCCUUCGACAUGUUCGACACCGACGGAGGCGGCGAUAUCAGCACCAAGGAGCUGGGCACCGUGAUGAGGAUGCUGGGCCAGAACCCGUCCCGGGAGGAGCUGGACGCCAUCAUCGAGGAGGUGGACGAGGACGGCAGCGGCACCAUUGACUUCGAGGAGUUCUUGGUCAUGAUGGUGCAGCAGCUAAAGGAGGACCAGGCCGGGAAGAGUGAAGAGGAGCUCUCAGAGUGUUUCCGGAUUUUUGACAAGAACUGCGAUGGUUUUAUUGACAGGGAGGAAUUCGGAGACAUUCUUCAUCUCACUGGAGAGCCGGUUGCAGAGGAGGAUAUUGAUGAAAUGUUUGGGGAGUCGGAUACAAACAAAGACGGAAAGAUUGAUUUUGACGAGUUUCUGAAGAUGAUGGAGAACGUCCAGUAGCUCCACCAGGCCGACAUUCCUUGGGGAUCCUUCCAGAGAGAAAACUGAAGCUCUGCUGCAACACGAAGCAGCUCCGAUCCAAAUGCCGCAAAAACCUUCAGAAGGAUGAAUGUGACGUAGUUUAUGAGGUGUCUCUCCAGACCUCCUCCCCCCACCCCACCCCCUCCAGGGGGCUUGUUGAGGAUGCCUAUAAAUACCCAUCCAAACCUUUUAAGACGAAGACGCUGUCGGCCGGCCGCCUCCUUGCCUCGGCCACCCAGCUGCCCUCUUUGGCAGCUGCUGUUUCUCCAGGAAACGCUACACCGUCUACCAUAGCGCCAACCCCACCCCCAGCCCCACCCCCUCCUCCUCUAACACUGAAUAUCUUCUCCACCCUGUUCUGUGCUUUCUAAAUAAACCUGUCUU